GAAUGAAUGACUCGGUCGUUAUCUAACUAAACAGAUGACAUUGUCGAUCACAUUCGAGCCUUGUGUCGCUAUUGUUCCUGCUCUGUAAGAAAUCUUUGGACCUUUGAAAUCUUAAGAAAAUUUCUUGCCAAUGCAAAAUAUUUUUAAAGAAAUUAUGCCCGGAUGCGACGCACAUAUAUAGCGGUGAAAUUAUGAGUGUGGAAUGACUCUUAAAGGCUCUAUUCCGGCACACACGUUUCCAACUGAACAGCAAAGUUGAAGUCUUUUUCAAUCAGGUUUUACGAUCGACAGUUGCACUUGGACGGAAUAUUUCUUCUGUUUAAAGACAGUUGAUUUGAAACAUGGGUUGCUUUAGCUGUUCGAGACUUAUGAAUCCACCUGCUGGUAAAAAUGAGGCAUAUAAACCCACUGUGAUUGAACAAACAGCAAAUAUCAUUACCCAUGGACUGUUUGUAAUGCCAGCUGUUUAUGCAGCAUUGCGUCUUCACCAAAAUUCUAGACUGCUAUCAGCAAGCCAUCGUUUUAUUGCUGAAGUGUAUGGAACUGCUUUUAUCCUUGUCUUCUUGAUAUCAACUUUAUUUCAUGUUGUCAGCCUGUCUGGAAAGGCCAGCUCCUUGAGAUUCUUUCUGCAUUUGAGUGAUCGUGGCAUUAUUUAUUUCUUCAUUGCAGCUUCAUACAUGCCAUGGCUAGUGUUAAAAGAUGUUGGCCAGUAUGGAGAUCUAAUAUCCUGGCUUUUAUGGUGUCUUGCUGCGACUGGCACUGUUUAUACUUACAUGUUCCAUGAAAGAUAUAAAACAGUAGAAACUGUUCUGUAUCUGAUCGUUGGAAUAUGUCCAUCUCUUCCCCUAGCUUUUGCCUCAACGGACUCCGCUGGUCUAGCCGAGGUAGCACUGGGAGGAGCCUUUUACGUCAGUGGCGUAGUGUUUUUUAAAUGUGAUGGACGAAUACCCUUUGCGCAUGCUAUCUGGCAUUGUUUCUGUGCCACAGGAGCAUGGUGUCAUUUUUAUGCUGUCUACACGCAUCUAUACUUGGAAAAACACUAGUUACGAAUUUGCGAUCGUAGAUCGAUUAUACGUCGGGCAUAAUCGUGCAACCUGGUCUCCAGUGUUCUCGGAUGUUAUUGAUACUGGAUGAGGUGUGAUUGCAUAUUGAACUGUAAGCGGGUUGUGGACAGAAUAUUUUGGAAAUAGUAGUAUUUCGCAAUUUUGAGUGAGGUGUGGAGGAAAAGAAAGGAAACUCUAUGUACAGUGAAGCGUAAAUUUUACUUAGUGUGUAGCAGUUUAAUCAUAUUUAUUGAAUUCUAUACAUUGUACAGUGUAGUUCUCGUAAAACACCGACAAAGUUGUCUUGCUAUUUAGGGCUCAGAAAAUAA